UCCCCCUCCCGCUCUCCCUCCCUCUUCCCGGCUCCAGCUCGGCCACCAGCUCCGGCUUUGGCUCCCCCUUCCAGGGCCCCCUCCGCCGAGCGGAGCCCACCCGAGGGUCCCUUUCCCGCCCCCCAGCCCGGUCGCCCGGCCCGAGCAGCAGCCCCGGGGGGCAGCCCCCCGCCAGCCCGCCUCCCUGCAGCUCAGCCCUGCCAGAGCGCCCCCAGCCAUGAAUCUCUUCCGAUUCCUGGGAGACCUCUCCCACCUCCUAGCCAUCAUCUUGCUUCUGCUCAAAAUCUGGAAGUCUCGCUCUUGUGCCGGGAUUUCGGGCAAGAGCCAGGUCCUGUUUGCUGUGGUGUUCACUGCCCGCUACCUGGACCUCUUCACCAACUACAUCUCACUCUACAACACGUGCAUGAAGGUGGUCUACAUAGCUUGCUCCUUCACCACAGUCUGGAUGAUUUACAGCAAGUUCAAAGCCACUUACGACGGCAACCACGACACCUUCCGGGUGGAGUUCCUCGUCGUCCCCACGGCCGUCCUGGCGUUCCUGGUGAACCAUGAUUUCACCCCCCUGGAGAUCCUCUGGACUUUCUCCAUCUACCUGGAGUCGGUAGCCAUCUUGCCGCAGCUGUUCAUGGUGAGCAAGACGGGCGAGGCGGAGACCAUCACCAGCCACUACCUGUUCGCGCUGGGCGUCUACCGCACGCUCUAUCUCUUCAACUGGAUCUGGCGCUACCACUUCGAGGGCUUCUUCGACCUCAUCGCCAUCGUGGCCGGCCUGGUCCAGACGGUUCUCUACUGCGAUUUCUUCUACCUCUACGUCACCAAAGUCCUGAAGGGGAAGAAGCUGAGUUUGCCGGCAUAGCCCUGGCCCUGGCCCUGACGGCGGCGGGCGGCGGAGGAAGCUGACGGGGAACAGCCUUCCCAUCGGGGUGAUUUUUUAAGAACAACUUCUCCCCGCUCCCCAUCCCCCUCCUGCCGGGUUUUUUUUGGGGGGCGGCGGGCGGUGGAGGACCCAAGUCUUGGGGAGCUCAGGACCUGGGAUAUUUGUAGUUUUUUGCCUUUUAGAAAAGAAAAAAAAAUCUUUCCACUAUUUAGUUUUGGAUCCUGAAGACUCUUUUCUCUUCUGCGCUCUGGUCCUGGUUUUUAUAAACUGUUUUUGGGUGUCCUUUGGGGGCCGGGACAGCAUCACAGAUCUCCCCCGCCCUCAACCCCCCUGGCUGCCAAACACUAAACCUGCCACCCCACCCCCACCCUGCUGCCCACCGUGGCCACCAACACAGCCCCUACCCCCACGGCCCCCAAUUCCUGGGGAGGGGAGGGAGGGGGUGAGGGGGGCCCAGGACGGUCUCCCUGCUGUUUUCAUGAUAAUGUUUUUGCAGAGUUUGGGUUUUUUGAUCUUACCCUGUUUUUUUUUUUUUUUUCUGACAAAUUGGGGGGUGGGGGUGGGGAUUGGGGUCGGGGGAUAGGAAAGGGGCCGGCCUUAGGAGUCACGGCUCUCAGGCCAUGUUUUUGUACAGAGCUGGUGGUUGAUUCUUUGUUCUCUUCAAAUAAACAGAGGAACACGGUACCUCUCCUCUUGCUCCUCCUUGCACUCUCUGCUGUGUGUGGGGUCCUGCUCCGGCCUUCGCCCCAUCAAGCCCACUGUCCGCAGGUGACCAGGGCCCGGCCGGAGCAGGAGGAUGAGGAGCUGGGCUGCACCCUGGCCCCUCGCGGCUCCGCCGGGGAAGAGGUUCUGGAGGAAACCUGGAGGAUUCCUCUUACCUGGCCCUGGGGCUGCCGAGGGCCUCCGAGAACGAGUGCGUCACAGGCUCCACUCUGUUUUUAUAAAAUAAUGCUAACAGGAAGGGAACAGGGCUGCCGGCCCACACGCCCAGCUUUCCCACUAAAGUCUGGGUUUCUGGCUUCUCUUGGUGUGGCAGUGCCGGGCGCUGGGUUCUGGAUGGCUGCAGGUGGCCGGGACUGAGUGGCUGGGCUGCCAGCUUCCCGGCGCGGCCCCCAGGACUCGGCUCCAGGGCCAUUGCCUUUCCUUCCUGGGCUCCCAGUGGGGGUUUCUGCCUGCUGUCUGGCCCAGAAGCUCUCACCUGGCCUAGUCCCUCCCGUGGACCACACCUGCCUGGCUCUUGUCGGCUUCUGGACCUUUGACCCUUGCCUUGAAGCACUCCCUCCGCGCCCUCUGAGACCGUCCUGAUGCCACCCUUGCCCUGCCUGCUCCUGUGCCCGGGAGGUGUGCUGGGGGCUGUGCCUUCAGCGGCACCCAGGGCUUCCGGAGCCUGUGGGCCUGACCACAGCCCCUGCUUCCCAACUGGCUUUUUUGGGCUGCUAGGGUUGACCCUGGGGUCGGACUCCCUGUCUGCUGAGCCCCAGUGCACCUCUGUGGACACAAACUGAAAACCUCCUGGAUCUGAUGCCCUUCUUGAGUUUGGCAGGCAAGGGCGUGUGGGCCCCGGGAAACUGACGCACCCAGGACGGCCCAGCCUGCAACAGAGAGGCUGGCUCGUGUCAGCUGCUUCCUGUCCCGCGGCUGCUGCCCUUUCAGUCCAGAGGCCCACAGGGACCGCGUCACACUUACUUCUGUCCCGCCAGGAUGGAGCAUGGGGCCGGCCGCGUGAGCAGCCUGAGACUAAUGGAACCCAACAGCUCAGUGCCUUUGUCCGGGGUGUUAACUAACAUUUGCCGGCCACGUGUGCCCCGUGGCGAGGCUUUUUUUUGUUUGUUUUUUUGGGGGGGUAUAUUUGUCAUAAAAAAAUCCUCAUGACAAAAUGGAUUUCCAGUCGUUCUAGAAAAACGAGGAGGGUUAGAGCUAUGCUGUCCAGUGGAAUAGCACCUAGUUCUCUUAGUUCUGUCAGGGCCGCUGAGCGCGUGCGGCGCAGUCUGAGUCGGGGGAACGCCGUCCGCGUGAGCGCGCAGUGGGUUUUCACCACGGUAUGAAGAAGUACGAAAUGCCUGAGUUUUGAUGUCAAUUACAUGUGGGAAUGCGACUCUUGGAUAUAUUGGGUUAAAUAAACUGUAUUAAGAUUGGU